AUGGUCAGGUUUAAGAAUCGAUACUUUGUAUGCGAAUACGUUUAAGAGAACUAAGAGAAGGAAUUCUCAGAGAGGGACCUAUUAAAUGAAAUUAGAGAUCAAGUCUAAUAUCAUUUUGGUGAUUUUGGAUCUGCCAGAAUUUAAUUUUCAUUUUAAGUAAAAUACCUAAAUACUGUGUCGAGAUUGUUUAUUUUGAGAGUGGCUAGGGAUUAUAAAAAUAUAAUAUGGAAUACUCUCUUGUUUAUGAAUAUGUUUAGAGGACUUCCAAUUAAAAUUAAAGUAUUAGGUUGUUCAGGUACAAUAAAAAAAUGCGAAAUCAAGGCCAGAAGAUUACUUACAAAAUGGGUUCAUAAAGUGUUAAAAUAUGAUAUGCCCAAUCAAUUGAGAACUACAAUAGUAAGGGAUUAUUAAUAAACUUAAUAAAUACUACCUUAAUUGACCUAAUGAAUUUUCAUUUAUAAAAAUUGUAUAUGCAAAAGCAAUUGUUAUGAAAUAUCGACAUAAA